ACAAAGCAUUGAAGAAUGUACAGUGUCAAAUUUACUGAGUAAUUCAACGAUAUCCUGACUGAAUUGUGUAUUAUUUGUCUUUCCCUCCAGAAGACGAUGCCCGAUUAUUUUGAAAAUCCUACCUAUGUUGUGGUCAAUUACAAAAUAAUGGAAUUGAAGCUGAAGAAGAACGUUCUAUUGGCCUAUACUGAUAUCGCAGCAGCGGGCAGCCGUGCUCUCUUUGGCAUAGGAAUGAAGAUGGAGCACAUAAAGCUGGACAUACCAGAAGUCUCCAAUCUCAGAGCAGCAAGUGUUAGACCAACCGCCCCUCAACCCAUGGAGCAAGAUUUCCAUCCGUUACAAAUACUAAACUGCAUGUAUGAAGAGUUCACAGUUGUGGUCAUCAACACAGUGCUUCCAGGGGAAAAAGUCCACUAUGUUGUCAAUACCAUCAUGGAUCUUUGUGUGAAGAGCAAUGUUGAGCACAUCUAUUUAAUGGCGGCAGUCCAUUUGGGGUCACUCGAGUCACAGAUUCAUCCUCUUUAUGAAAAUCCAUUCUUCACAAAACCAGUCACAAGUCAUCCCGCUCUGCCAGAUGACACACCAAUCCAGGAUCCUUUCUUCAAUACCUUCAUCCAAAUGCUACUGGUUGAGCAGAUUCCAACAACAUGUUUUUUAGUUCCGGGGCAUAAAGCAUCGAUAGGUCCUGCCAAUGAUGAAGACGGUUCAAAAAAUAGCAUCGUCUUACUUCAAGAUGUGCUACACGAGCUCACAAGGUUACGGUUCAACAAUGUGCUUAGCAAUUCACUGUUAUAUCAAGAGAAAAAUGAAGACAACGUCGACAUGGUGUCAAUGAUCUACUCGUAACCGCCUGGUGUCUGAACUUUUUCCGGGGUCUUUGUACAUGUAUGUCAUGUGAUUCAAAACCAUGAAUGUGGACAUAUUUCGAGGAAGUUUGCAGGUUCACAAAGGACACAUAAUAACAUUUCAAGGAGAAAUUUUCAAACUCUUUGAGCAUUAAAAGGGAACACUGAAGGGGAAUUAAGGCACGUCGUGAAUCAACUCGGAUUUGUCGUGCCAGUUAUCCUGGAAGGAGUGUGCACAAUGCAGGGUCCACAUGAUGUGCAUGCAUCAGUCUUCAGGGCAACGCUGGUGAACGUUUUAACUGGGUGAAUGCAGCACUUCAGGUUGCAGUCGUUGGCUUUCGGGAUGUGACUUUCAUUCUGGAAUUAGUACCUUUGUUACAUUUUGUAUAUUGAAUGCAAUAAAAAGAUGUAUCUUCUACAA